UAUUUGUUGUUGAUUGGUUGUAACUGAUAAGUUGUAGCAAUAAUCAGUAACGCCAAUAUAACCUUCGUAGAUUAACUGUUUCAAUAUGAAAAAUUACAAAAUUGAAGGCACAAUAGGACAAGGCGCUCAUGGUCUUGUUUUACGAGGUCGUCAUGUGGACACAGGAGAGAUUGUAGCUGUAAAAAAGGUGCUAUUAAAACGAAUAGAAGAUGGGAUACCUGUUACUAUAUUUCGAGAAAUUAAAGCCUUACAAGAAGUCGACUGUGAUAAUGUAUGUGUGAACUUGCGUGUAGUAGACCGCUUUCUGUAUUGCACUGCUGCACUGGUUGUCCAUUUAUUGGAUGUGUUCCCACAGGGUCUGGGUUUCAUGUUGGUCUUCGAGUUUAUGCCAUCUGGACUGCAGGAAAUGAUGCGUGACUUUGAUAACUGCCUGACAGAGAGACAGAUUAAAAUGUAUAUGAUCAUGUUACUUAAAGGGGUAGCAUACUUGCAUAAGCAUCGUAUCAUGCACAGGGAUCUGAAACCUGCAAAUUUACUCAUCAGCCGUGAGGGUGUUUUAAAGAUUGCUGAUUUGGGACUCGCUCGCCUUUUUGGCAAUGAAGCAAUACAGCGACCAUACUCACACCAGGUGGCAACCCGUUGGUACCGAGCACCAGAGCUGUUGUAUGGAGCACGUUAUUACACUGAAAGUGUUGACCUGUGGUCUGUUGGCUGUAUCCUUGGUGAACUUCUCAACAAUUCACCUGUCUUCCGUGGAGAGACAGACAUAGAACAGCUUGCCAUUGUCAUCCACACACUAGGGACACCAAAUGAAGAGGUGUGGCCUGGGGUUUCAGCAUUGCCUGAUUACAAUAAGGUUUCCUUUAAAGAAUGUCGAGGUAUACCUUUGGAACAAGUUUUCCUUGAAGUUUCUCCAGAGGGUGUUGACUUGCUUAAAAAAUUAUUGCUGUAUGAUGCUUCUAAAAGAAUUUCAGCAGAAAAGGCUCUAGUGCAUCAGUAUUUUUUCACAAGACCUUUGCCAUGUCCAAUGAGUGAAAUGCCAAAACCAACAGAUGAACAUAGGCAGAAGAUUUCCAGCAAGGAGUAUGAUGUUGACAGAGAUGUGAGAACUUUUUUUGGUGAUCUCAGAGAUAUACUCCAACAAAAAUAAGGUCCAACUCCAAGCUUUAUGACUCUGUUUGGCCUUGAUCCCCUCCUGGAAAGGGUAUAUUCAUGCAGAUAUAUCUUCCAAUGUUCAUUAAGAGAAUAGCAUUUGCUGAUCAAUUUAGAGAAGUAGAUAAAAUUCAUUAUUUUACACAGAAAAAAGUUCCAGAAAAAUUUCAGUGAUAGUUGCUUUCAGAGAAAAUCAUGGAGCUAAUUGUGGAAACUGGUUAAGUGCGUGAAUACAGAACUUUGAGGUACCAUACAGUGUGGUAACUACAGUGUGUUGUCUUUAUUUGGUAAGUACAGUGUACAAGAAUUCGGUACAAGAAAGGUGCAAAUAUAAAUAUCGGCUAAUAUGUAAAAACUGUUAUUUACAUAAUUUUAUUAUAAUCCAAAGAAAUAUAUUUAAGGCUGCAAAAUAAGCACAAAACAAAAAACAUAAAUUAUUUAGUAUAGUUGUUAGCAUCACUUUCAACAGAAAGUUGGAAUCUUGCAUUCCACUGUACUGUAAAUGUUAAAUGUGUAAUUUUAAUUCUGCAAGCAAUAAAAUGAGCAAUUACUUUGUC